GAAUUACAUGAAUGAUAGUUUCCGAACAGACGUUUUUGUUCGCUACAAUCCGGAGACAAUUGCUUGUGCAUGUAUAUGGUUAGCUGCUAGGCAACUUCAGGUACCAUUGCCAAACAGUCCACCAUGGUAUGAGUUGUUUGGUGUGAUAGUGGAAGACAUACGAGAGAUCUGUCUUACAAUUCUAAGAUUGUAUGCCAGGAAAAGGCCAAAUCCUGAUGCAUUGGAGAAGAAAGUGAAUGCUGUGCGAACAUUACAGCUUGAAGCUAAAAAGAAGGCAAAAGGACUUUUCUCAGAACGAGACACACCAAAUUCUACCUCAAGGCAGAAUUCGCCAAAGAAUGUCAGUCCUAAUCCAACCACUUUAAUAGGAGAGCUCAAGAAAAGAAUAAAGAAGGAAGCUGAGGAAAAACAUGAUGGCGAUGGAUCUAAGAGAAGAAAAAAUGGUGUUUCCAGAAGCCGGUCUAGAAGUAGAUCAAGGUCAUCAAGAUCAAGUAGAAGUUACAGCCCAGCACAAAAGAAACGAAAGCGAAGGAGUCUCACACCAAGAAAAUCUAAAAAAGAGAAGUACUCGCCAGAUAGAAGGAGCGGCAAGGAUCUUCACAAGUCUCGCAAGCGAAAACAUCGAUCUCGUAGCCGGAGUUAUUCAUACAGUCCAUCCCCUGAUUAUAAAUCUAGUCACAAGAAAAGAUCGAAAGAUAAAGAUCGCGAUUAUAAAGACAACAGAGAUUAUAAAGAAAAUAAAGACAGAUAUUAUUCUCCAGAUCGACAUUCUCGGAAACAUCGGAACGGUCACCACUCGAGUCCGUCUCGAGACCGCAGUGAUAAGUAUGAUAAAUAUGACAAGUACGAUAAGGUCCUGUAUCGAAGAUGAUGUUAGUUACAUUCUAGUGUCUUAAAAACAUUGUGAUAUGUGCCAGUGUGUGAUGGAAAAUCUAGUUUUAAGGGUUACUGGAUAUUUGGUCUUUGCACCAUACUGUAAUGUCCGCAAUACAAUCAGAUAUUUGCAAGAAAUGAAUUGGUAUGAGAAUAAUAAAGAUAAGUAUUAAAAGUUGAGAAGAAAAAAUGUGAAGCUUCUUGAGUAUAGAAACUUUCCUAUAACUUGUUUUUCUCUGAAUAAUGUACAGCAUUGGAAAAAUGAUAUAAAAUUAGAUUUCUUUUCUUUCUAAUUUUCUUAAUUGUUUUGUGGAAGAUAAAAAAUGUUUGUAGAAUGUUAUUUGUAAGAAGAAAAGUGCUCUCAGGGUUCAUCUUACAUCUAUGAUUAUCAUUUGAAGUGCAAUUAUUAUCUUUUAUUUUGUUUCCAUGGUACCAAAUUGAAACUAUUUCACAGUGUUUUAUUUUUUACAGAUUUUUGUGUAUUAUUGUCACUUUUAAGCAGUAGUGACUGAGUGAAUCAUAUACAUCUUUGAAAGAAAAGACUUUAAGCUAAGCAGAAGUUUUGUAUACAGUAAAAAUAUUAUAUUACGUUUUGUUUACAUUUAAAAGUGUAUUUAUGCAAGUUUAAAAAAUAGAUAAUUCAACAUAUUGAAAGGAAAAAUUUUAUUCUUAUCCAAUUGGAAUUAAAAUAGUUAUAUCACAGCUAUGGCUGGAGAUAGAAUAUUGUGUAAAAGUCAAUGCCACAGUUAUCUAGUGACUUAAUCUUUGGGUGCUGGUAAAGUGACUUUUCCCUGGUCAAAUAUCUAAUAUAUUGAUGGUCAAUAACGUCUAUACAUCACAGCUUAUCUUUAAAUUGUACUGUUUAUUGAAUAAUCAUUUCAAGUCGGGAUUUUUCUACCAGUCAAGCAAAAUUAAUGUGACCGAGAAAUUUGAAGAGAAAAAAGAAAUGUAGUAUCAUUUAAAAUAUAAAGCUUUGAUUUCUUCACACUGUUUAAAGUUUUUGAAUUUUGAACUACUUAACUUUUUUCAUCAUGGACUAAAAAAUUUUAACCAAGCUUGAAAUUUAAAAGCAGUGAAUAAUUUACGUUUAUAAAUAAAAGGUGUUGAGUAAAGCAGCUGGAGUUUAUAUAUUUUUUACUUUUAUUGUAUGAAAAAUUAGUUUCUUGGCUGAAAUUCAGCCUUUGUAGUUUUCAAUUCAUGGUAAUUUUUUUCUUUUUGUUUAUUCAGGGUUUAAAUGUUAUCUUCAAAACAGCGGAUGUGUUGUCUUAUUUGAACUGUACAUUACAUGAUUUUAGUUUGUAUAAAGUAGAUGCCUAGAAGGUUAAUUUAAGUAUCAUGAAACGCAUUAAAAUGCUGAUUUGUUCAUAUUUCACAUAUUUUGUACAUAGAUCUGAGACAUGUAUAUUGUGUACAUACAAAAUAAAAUUUACAAGAAAGAAUGAAAAAUAAUAAAAAAAAAAUAUGUAA